AUGCCAGAUCUCGCAAGGGUCGACAGCACGGUACUCGUUAUCUGCCCCGCCAGCACAACCGCGAUAGGAGCCCCGAAAGAUAGAACUGGUCAGCUCGUCGGCAUCCUGUCAGACCUCGGGAUAGUUGGCCCGACUUUCAAAGAUCACAAUCUACCGCCUUGGCUUAUGGGGAAUAAAUUUUUCUCGAAUAAGUUACACAAGAGGACGGCCCUCGCUAUCAUCGAUGUGCAGAACGACUUCAUCAACGGGUCGCUAGCCAACCCGCGGGCCCCUGUCAUUUUACCCAAGAUCUACCAGCUCCUGGAUGGCCACGAAUGGCCCUUCAUUGUCGCUUCUCAAGAUUGGCACCCGCCCGGUCACGUCUCAUUCUUCUCGAGCCACCCCGGGAAGGUGUCAGGGGACACGGUAAACGAGACCUUCGUAGACACCCCAACGAAGACCGAGACGCAGACGGUUUACGCAGACCACUGCAUCCCGGAGACGUGGGGCGCGGAGAUCGAGACGGGCGUCCAGACGCGGCUGCAUCGGCUCGAGGGCUACCGGACGCCCGUGAACUACAUCAAGAAGGCGCAGGACCACCGCGUCGACUCGUACUCGGCCUUCGCCGACAACCAGUAUCACCGCUUCACGACGCUGCACGCGGAGCUCUCGCUGCACGGCAUCGAGACCCUCGUCGUGACGGGCCUGCUGACGAACGCGUGCGUCCGCGGCACCAGCAUCGACGGCAUCAAGCUCGGUUACGAAGUCGUGCUCAUCGAGGACGCCACCGAGUCGACGAGCGACGCUGACAAGGAGGCCGCCAUCGAGGAACUCGAGUCGUGGGGCGUUCAGGUCGCGAAGCUGGCUGACUGGGAGGAAGCGAAUCCCACGGGCCCGCGGUUGAGAAGAAGAAGGGCGGAGUUGUAG